GCUUAAUUCUCGGCAAUGUCAGCUCUCCCGUGCCCGAGAUUGCAACCUGCUACAGCCAUUUUCGCUCCGGAGCUCGAUUGCGCCGCUGGAAUUCAGAUUUUCAGAGCCGAUUAGAAUCAGGUACUGUGUACGUAAUGUUGAUGGUAGAUCAUCCAAUUUUGGGUGUGAUUUACAGUUUAAACGAUCGAUUGGGGGAUUUUGGGGUAUCUGAUUGAGUUUUUUUUUUUUUUUUCUUAGUUGGUGGAUUAUCGCUCUGGAGCUGGGUUACGCAGCUAGAAUUGGGAUUUUCUUAGUGGAUUAAUAUCAGAUUUUGUGGAAGAAGACAGAAAGAGGCUGUUUGUUGACAGUUAAAAGGAUGAUACUUUGUGAAUAAUCAGCAGUUGCCUUUUUUCUUUAUGUUGGAUUUUAAGUGGGAGGGUUCUCUUUUGUGUAUAUAUAUCAAUAUAUCUAAACUACCAAAUUUGCUACUAGGCCCUAAAUCAGGGGUUGCACAUAGAAAAACUAGAUUUGAAAUUGUGAAGAUAGCUGAUGUGAGAAUCACUUGGCCAUACAUUAUUGGCUUCUGGACUGGAGAGGAAACUGGUGGCUCAAGGGGCUAAAAUAUUGUUCCUAUGCAGAUAAAUAAGAUCAGAAACAUUUCAGAUAAUAUGAUCAGAGAGGCGUCUGGUCCUUCUGGUAAAUGGAUCCAGCAAGAAUCAACAUCAAUUGUUUCAAAUGUGGGGAAAAAUUUAAACAAUAAUGUCUCCAUACAGACAGGUGAGGAAUUCUCCAUGGAGUUUCUUCAGGAUCGUGUUGCUAUGAGAGGGAUUCCUGUUGUACCAGAUACAGCUCAGAUUGUUGAGAAGAGACUUGGAUUCAAUCAGAAGCAGAAUUUGGACCACAAGCUGGCAUAUGAAGAUAUUGCCCGACUUCUUGGGUUGGGGAGAAUGGAUUCCGAGUGUGCUUCUGAUAUUUCUGAAUUUCAAUCUGCAAAAGGGUCUCUCAUGGAGAUAGAAAAUGGAUCUUGUGUUGAAAGUUUAAGUAGAUUACAGGAGGAUGGUGAUGCAGGGCAUAGGUCAAGGAAAGCUUUUUGUGAAUUGAAUUGUGAUAGGACAGCUGGUUCUGUACCAAAUGUUCCACUUCCACCCCUGUAUCCAUCUGAUUCUCUGAGUUCCAAAAACUUUAAUGGGCCAUGUUCGCCGGUAGUUUCUGAUAAAUCUCAGUCUGGGAAAAUUAAAUUCCUCUGCAGCUCUGGUGGAAAAAUAUUGCCCAGGCCCAGUGAUGGAAAACUCAGAUAUGUGGGAGGAGAGACACGCAUUAUUUCCAUCGGGAAGAAUCUUUCUUGGGAAGAACUUGUGAGGAAAACUUCAAUGAUUUGCAACCAACCUCAUUCAAUUAAGUACCAGCUUCCAGGUGAGGAUCUUGAUGCCCUUAUAUCUGUCUCUUCUGAUGAAGACCUUCAGAAUAUGAUAGAGGAAUGCCAUGGUCUUGAGGGGCUUGGGGGUUCUCAGAGAUUACGGGUAUUUUUGAUUCCUUUGAGUGAAUCUGAAAAUGCAUCAUCCAUUGAGGCCAACACUAUUCAGCAGAGUGAUCCUGAUUAUCAGUAUGUUAUUGCUUUAAAUGGCAUAAUAAUAGAUCCUAGUCCUCAUAAAAAAACUGGUGGUGGGCAGUGCUUGACUGGUGAAAUAAGUCAACAUGGGACUAACUUGGGCCAAAACGCAAUUGCUCUAGAACAUUCUCCAUUACUCUUUCCAUUGGAGAUUGGAAGUGGAUUUGAUGCUUUGCACCCCUCUAAAACUUUUAAUGAAUCUCAAAAUACAACCAGACCUUCACAUCCAUCGCCUCCUAUUUCUCCAGCUCCCCUUCAGCCUGGAGAUACCCAGAGUAUUCCUGUAAAACUGCAUGGUGAUGACUCCAGCAUCGAAAGCAGUGGCUCCUUCAUCACAGCUCAGUUAAAUUCUGAGAACUCCAGCAUGGAAGCUGCUUUUAUCAAGGAUGCUGGACAUGCUGUGGCUGAUUUGCUGAAUCAUGAACUCCCUCACAAUAAGAUUGAUCGCAACCACCCAGACCAACUUGAGAGGCCUAUGCAUAAGGAAAGCACCUUUCUUCCUAUUUCACACUCAGAAGAUCCCCUAAGUCUGUUGUCAGGAUCUAUAGAUUCUGUUGAUUCUUACCCAGGAAUGUCCCAUGCAUAUUCUGAUUCAAAGCUGCAGGAGCAAGAAGGUGGUUCUGCUUACUGUUCACAAGAUGGAAUGAGCCCAUCAUCCCCCUUGAAUUUUGCCAAGACUCAGCCACCCUCUAUUCUAGUCUCAAGUGCUGUGAAGGAGAGGUCAGUGCCACUGCAUGAUAACAUGGAUCUUGUCAAACCAAAUGCACAGAAUAAUUUUGGGGGCAACAAAUCAUCUGGAUCACAGUUAACACCACAUAUGUUGUAUUCUCAAUCUCUAGAUCAAUCAGGCAGACAAGAACCUAUUCAUAAGAAUCCUGAUGGUAAUACUGACCAGUGUCAAGCAGCUAAGAUUGACGCAAGUAAACCUCACUUGAUCACACCAAGCCUUUAUGGUGAAAACACUGUAAUUUUGGAUGCCAGGAGUGGACCCAAUGAAAGAGAUCCAUUUUUGGUUCAACUUCAGAGGCUUUGUGAGGGGAGAUCACCCGCUACAAGUAUGGAGUGCAACAAGAAAAUGGCUGACACGGAAUGCAAUCAAACUAUCAAUUCCAGUAUAGCUACUUGGACAAAAGAUGUGGAGGCCUCUUGGAAUAAUGUUCCUUCAUCAUCCGCCAAUGAUUUCAAAUGUUUUAUAGAAAAUAAUAUGGAUCAAAAUCAGAUCUUGGACAGAACCCCUUCUGAUCUUUUGACAGACCAAAUACCGGCCACAGACAGGUGUUCUGCUUUGGAUGACAAAGUAAUUGAUGGACAACUAAGCAAUACUUCUUGGAUCAGGAAUUCUGAAAUUGCAGGCUUAAUUCCAAAGAGCAGAGCUGACUCAAUAGAUAAAGGUUCCCUGCCUGAUCUCAUCACUGGAUCAUCUAAUGCCCCAGUUUUGCAGCCUGCUAGAAGUCAAAAGGCCACUGAUAUUAAAGAAGCUACACUAAUGAAUUCUGCUGGUUUGAAUCUGCCUGCAGUGCUGGUUGAUUCUGGUCCCACCUUAAACCUGCAUGUGAAUGAAAGUUAUUCCAUGUUUCAGAAUUCAACCUGUAAUGCUACUUUAAAAAGAGAGUUUUCUCUCAUUGAUGAUGACUUUAUCAGCUAUCCUGAUCAAAAUGUGGGAAAGUUGGGAUUAGGUGAAUCUGCUUACGAUAAGUCAAAUCUAGAAGACUUUUUGUCCGCUCAAGCAAGAUCCUCUAGCAAGAGUAAGAAUCAAAUCCAGCUAGAGUCAACAACUGCUUUGGAAGAUCUAACUGAUAGUUUGUGCUCUGGGAUUCAAUCUUCCUUUGCAGUUGUUCUACAUGUGGAUGUUACCAGCACUGGUAUGAUAUCCCCUUUUGCAACAGACUCAGAGAAUGUGAUUCCAGAGUCUGAACUUGAGGAUGCCAUGGCUGAUGGUCAAGGCAAGGAUGAAUCCUUUAGUGAAGCCAUGAUAAAUGAGAUGGAAGCCAGCAUCUAUGGCUUGCAGACUUUGAAUUUAGAUCUGAAGUUUCCAGAGAGGUAAGGUGAGAAAAAGUCUUAUUGUUUUGUAUGGAUGGGUUAUCUCUUUUCUUGCCCUUCUGUAUGAGUUUUUGUAUCAUAAAUAACCUGUAGAUGA